GCACACCUUCAGAGGUCUUGUGGAGUCCAUGCCUCAGUGGGUCAGAGCUGUUUUGGUGGCACAAGAGGGACCUACACAAUAUUAGGCAGGUGGUUUUAAUGUUAUGGCUAAUCUGUGUAGUGUAUAUGACAUGAAUAGCAUGAAUAUAUGAAUGUGCUUGUGCACAGAAACCCUUGAUAGGACAUCUCAGUGUGUAGGACAAUCUGUCAGAACCUCAGUGAAGAUGGUCUACCAGUAUAGUUUGACCAGCUCAACCUGUGUUUUGUUCCAAGCUGGAUUUUUCAGCACUGCAGUAUGUCACUAAACAAGCCUUGUAACUCUUUGACAUUUAGUCUUUGACAGUAUUAUGGGGUUUCAUGACCCCACCGCCAGGUAUUAGGCUGCUUUAAGUGUUUAUUCAUGAGAAGUAUGCUUUCAGUGAAGCUUGAAGCAAACAUCGACGUGCUACAGUUAUUUUGAAAAGCAGGCCAGCGUCGGCCAUAUUGACACAGUCUGCUUGAUUCCUUCUUCACCACAAGCUGUUUCUGUGGUUUUUAUCUUGUACACCUUGUUUUUGUCAAAACAAGCCGGUUUGUUAGCUAUAAUAUAAGCCGUGUGAGAAACACUGAAACAAAUGACUGUUUAAAUUUAAUGGAAUAGAUAUUCUCGUGUAGUUAUGCUAACGUUGUGCUAAUAGCUAACUGAAUGACAGACUUCUUUUUAUGUAUAUAAACAUAUCGCUCCUUCUUGCUGGCAGCUAUUUAGUCGUUCCUGCAUGUUUUUCAUAAUUAGCUGUGAACAGGCUAAUUCUUCUCAUGGUUACACAUGAUGGGAGAGUUAAUGUGAAGAAGUUAGCUAUUGAGGAAUGAAGUAAUUAACGUUACAGGCCUUUUUUUUUUCACUUAGCAUCAUAAUGCUAAAGGCUAUUUCGAGAUAGGGGCACUUCCAGCGCUGCUGUAUAGGGUGUAAUAAGCAAUGCAUUAGCUUUGCGAUUUAAAUGCAGUGAUGAAGUAAUCAUCAGUGUUGUUGUUGUUGUUGUUGUUGUUGUUGUUUCUGAUACACGGAAAUGUAAGAGUGUGUUACUGGUGCAUUGUGACGUCAUGGUGAAGAUCAGCUCACAGUGUGCAAGCUCAUCCUGCACCACGGCCAAGGCUGCACCAGACACACACAUCAAAACUGAGCCCUGUCUUAUACAAGGGGCUUUAAAUAACCUGGAACCAAACACAGACAAACAGCUACUUUAUUCAUGUCAUGGAGCUAAAGACUUUGUUUCUGAUAACACCUCUUCAGAGCUUCUCCACAUAAAACAAGAGCCAGGCCUCUCUGAAACAGACUGCAUGCAAACAGAGAACAGAAAUGGACAGCCUCAAUCUACAGACUCCACCGUAUCCGUGAAGACAGAGCCGGACUGUGUUCCAGUAAAUUUGAGUUUCGGUUUAAAAACUGAGUCUGAAAUCCAUGAUGUGGUGAAUGGUGAGGUAUAUUUCCCCUUGAAGGAGGAGGAAGAGGAUGUGACGAAGAUCAAGCUAGAGACAGCAGAAGAGGAGAGUGAUCUCAGACAGGAUGAAGAAGCAGGCCGAGAGUCUUUCUUUUCGUGCCCUUACUGCGCUGUGUCCUUCACUGACGCUUCUUACCUUGAGAAACACCUCAAAUGGACCCAUCGGAGUAAUUACCUUGUUUGGCUAAAAACACAAAAAGCACCACAAUGCAUCAAAAUAUCCUCCCAGAUGCUCAGCUGCUCUUCAUGCAACCACCACUUCUUCACCCAGGAGCAGCUGAAGGUGCAUAUGCGGCGUGCCCACCUUCCCACGCCUGCACCAACCCGGAAACGCUACACGUGUCCACAGUGCGACCGCAGCUUUGACUACAUCGGCAAUCUGCAGAACCACUGUCGUCGGUGCCACAAUUUGACCACUGUGUGUACUGACGGAGAGCUGAGCUGUGCUUCAUGUGGCGAAAACUUUGCAGGAAUGUGGGGCCUCGGACCACAUCAGUGCAACAAGCUAGAAGAAGAUCACAAACCAAAAAUAGAUGGAAAGGAACCGCUUUGUACAGACCGCGGUUAUCUGUGUCAGCACUGCGGAAAGAACUGCGCUACGCUGCAGUGUUUAACCAUACACACUCGCACACAUACGGGCGAGAAGCCGUAUAUCUGCACGGACUGUGGGAAUAGCUUCAAAGAGGUGGGCAGCUUGCGCAAGCACAUGGUCAUCCACACUGGCGUCAAGCCGUACUCGUGCCCCGAGUGUGACAAGAGCUUUGCUCGAAUGAGCCACCUGAGCACGCACCUGCGCACACACACAGGCGAGAGGCCGUACCCGUGUCCUGAGUGCGGUAUGAGGUUCAGUCACAGGUCAACGCUGCGUCUACAUCGACGCGUUCACUCUGGAGAAAAGCCAUUCUCUUGUGUGGAUUGCGAGAAAACUUUUGCAACAUUGAGCAACCUAAAAGUGCACCUCCUGACACACAACCAGGAGAGGAUCCACAAGUGUACCGAGUGCAGGAAGACAUUUUCCAGGCCCGACGUGCUGAAGAAGCACCUCCGAAUUCACAACGGCGAGAGGCCAUAUGUGUGCACUGUCUGCAGCAAGAGAUUCAAUCGCAUCCAGCACCUCACCAACCACCAACGCACACACACAGGCGAGAGGCCGUACCGCUGCGAAGAGUGCGGUGCAAGCUUCGCACAAUCAGGCGAUUUGACCAAACAUGUGCGUGGGCACACAGGGGAAAAGCCCUACGCGUGUCCUGAGUGCAAUCGGUGCUACAGUAAUUCUGGGGACCUGGGCAAGCACAGGCGCACACACAGUGGCCAGAGGCCUUACAGAUGUCAGCAGUGUGACAAGGCAUUCCUCAUGCCACAGCAUUUGAAAACACACAUUCUUACACACACCGGAGAGAGGCCGCAUAUCUGCCCAAAGUGUCAGCGCACCUUUAUACGGGCGCACCACCUCACCCAGCACCUUAAUACACAUCACAUUUAGUGUCCUAUAUUCUAAAUAACUCCUUUAAUUACGUUUUUCAAACAGUACUGACUAUUUGUACAUGGUUCUGAUUAGGCUCGGCUUUUGAAAUAGCUUCCCCUAUAAAAUCGUAUGUAGUAAUAAAUGGUAUUUAUAUGUCAUUAUUACUCCAUCACUGACCCGCAUCAUUCAUAGCUUCCAUAAAGCCAACUAUUCAAAUUAGCUUUUAUUUUUCUCUAGCCAGUUCCUUUCUCAUUUAAUCAAGUAAUGUGAAUGCAGGCUAAUAUAGUUGGUGUGAUUUAUAGGCAAAUUAUCCAUAGGUUUUAUUUUGAUGGCAUACUAUGUGCUGUCAAAAGGAUCAGCUUCCUGACCUAAAGGGCGUGUGCGAAUGUCUUUUUAGGUAAUUACAAGUAAGAGCUUUGGAAAGAAGUGACCUUUUUAUCAUGGUAGAGAAACAGAUGAUUUUAGGUUGGAUCAUACUAGCUUACUACCUAAUGUUAGCAGUGCACUUGACUUUGUAGCUUUGCAAGUACAGCUUUGGAAGUGGUAAAAGUAAAUGAUCAGCAUGUGAAUUAUUAUUUUGAAAUUAUUCUACACGAUUAUUAAUAAGAACAAAAAAAGAUUAAAAUGAAAAUGCACCAGAUGCCAACAUUUGUAGCACAAAAGCAAGACCAAAGUGUGUAUAUGCUAAGGCAUUAAAGGAAUUUAAGGUCUAAUAACUCAAAAUGGAUAACGUCACUGUACAUAAAGAAUAAAACAGACACACCACCAUGUAAUGUGGAGUAUGGAGAAUAAGGACAGUAGUACUUGAUUAUGCCCUUUUGCGUUACGUGAGUUCCUUGAACAAGCUAACAUUUGUUGUGUUUGUAUAACCUCUAAUGAGACUUGCCACUUCAAAACAGUUAAUAAAAUAUUUCUUUUCAAAUACUUAAUCCACCCUCAAAAACCCUCAACAUGUGAUUUCCCUGAUGUCCAAUUGGCCUGUGUCUGGUGAUUGUUAACUGAGUUAUCACAGUGAUAACAGAAACCUGUUUACCGCCCAUUAAAAAAGUUCAUUUAUUGAUUACGCAUUAAUUUUAUCUAGCAUAGAUGUUUAGCAUAAGGCGCUGCAGUGUAUGCUGUUAAGAUAGACAGAUAUCAUUCCAAGUUUUUACAAAAAGUAUCCAAUGGUCUUAAGUAGUCUAGGUUAUGUGAACAUAAAAGAGUGCAAAGAUGGCUGACAGUAAUGUGCAGAGCAGUAUCACUGAGUGUGAGCAUUAAAAACGUGCGUGAGGUGCCGUGAAUUGUGCGCACACAAAGGUAUCUGUGAGCAUGGGGCAGUGAAGUGAGCGUUCAGAGAAACUGAGCACUUCAGGUCUGCGAGCACUGAGUACUGAGUCAUGUGCACUUCCUCUCCCCUCACUCACCAGUUAACACUGCUUGCAAGUCAAGUUGAUUAUCGAAAUUUGAAACUAGCAGUCAUUUGCAGUCUUUAUUUUAUUAGUAUUCUGAAAAUUUCUGUUUAAAUAAAUAGUUUGAUUAUCUUACAUAAGUUAAAAUAAAGUUCAAUUGAAAAUCUG